AUGUUUUCGUUGAGAAUAGCAACUGUUGAAGUUAAAAGUGGCGCUUCACUUCGGGUGGAUCCUGUUGAGGGCAAGAGUGUGCACAUCUCACAGGCUACUCUGGGUAAGAGUGACACCAAUGAAAACGUGUCAGUCCAGCUUUACAUGAAAGCUGGAGAUCAUAAGAUUGGCAUCGGGACUCUACCCAAUGGGAAGAUUCCUCAGCUGAGCAUGCAGAUCUUGUUGGAUAAGGGUUUUGAGCUGUCUCACAGCUGGAAGAAUGGGAGCGUUCACUUCAGCGGCUACGUAAUUGGUCCAACUGAACCAUAUCCUUUUAACUGUUUAAACAUACCUUGUUAUCGCUUAAGUAACCCCUACAAGCUUGUUUGA